AUGACUCAUCACAACGACGGCGUUUCCAUUCAACCAAUGUUCGAAGCAGCCGCCGUUAAUCACCGAAUUCCAUCGCCUGUCUUGCCGGAAGAACUCAUCAACGAGAUUCUUUUGAGGCUUCCGGUGAAGCAUCUCCUUCAAUUUAAGUGUGUCUGCAAAUCAUGGAAAACCCUAAUCUCCGAUCCCCAAUUUGCAAAGAACCAUCUUCGAAUCCCAAGCUUGACCAACCAAAAAUUGGUGUUUUUCGUUGCGAAAGAACCCAAUAAAAUGGUAUCUUACCCUUUGAAGCAAUUAUUGGAAAACUCAUCAAUCCCUGUUAAACCAGAUAGCGUCCGCUACAUGAAAAUUCACAAGUAUUGUAUUAUAGGUUCAUGUAAUGGGCUCUUGUGUCUGUAUUAUAAAUGUCAACGUCGUGUCAGACUGUACAACCCUUCUAUCAGAUUCCAAUCCAAAAAAUCUCCACAAGCUGUUUCGCACGAUUGGAGGAUCAAGCAAUUUGGCUUUGGAUAUGAUCAUGUUAAUGACAAGUACAAGCUGCUUGUAAUUGCACAAAAUAGGGAUGAUCUUAGUCAAUCUUUGACCAAAAUUUAUACAUUUGGUGAAAAUCUUUGGAAAACCAUUCCCAAUUUCUCCCUUACACCUAUUAACUCUUUACAUUGGUUAGGAAAAUUUGUGAGUGGCACUUUGAAUUGGAUAGUUUGUGGUUUUAGUUCUAAUCAAAAUUCAAUUCUUUCCUUUAAUGUGGAGAAGGAGACUCACGAAGAAAUGUUGCUGCCUCAAAAUGAUGAUGUCAAUGUGCAUACACGAAAGCCGUAUGUAUUGGGUAAUUACCUUUGUGUCUUUGACAUUUAUUUCACUAUAAAACAUCAAUGCGAUGUGUGGUUGAUGAAAGAGUUCGGUGUUGCUGAAUCAUGGACUAAACAGAUUCUCAUCACUAGUGAGAAUCAAACUUCUUUUGUUGAACCCUUUUUCAUUUUAGACAAUGGUGGUGCUCUUCUUCUGGCAAACAAAUUGUCUUCCCAAAUUAUCCUAUAUAACUUAAAUAAUGCUGGGUUGGAUUAUCCCUUGAUAACUGGUACAACGGGAUUCAAACCACAUACUACUCUACAUAUCCAUCGGGAGAGUUUGGUAUCACCGCAAUGGUAA